UAAAUGUCAGCUGACUCUGUUGAGCUCCAGGCUUACUUAUCAAAACAAGAUGAAGACGUUGUGUGUGUUGCUCCUCUUCUGUCACGUUGCAUCUACAGUAAAACACUCCCUGAAAUAUUUCCUCACUGCAUCUUCUGGAGUCCCAAACUUUCCAGAGUUUGUGGGUGCUGCCAUGGUUGAUGACGUUCAGGUGGGUUACUGUGACAGCAACAUCAAGACAGCAGAACCCAAACAGGACUGGAUGAGAAAAAUAAUAAAGGCUGACCCACAACACUUGGAGUGGUACACUCUGAAGUGUUUUGGUAGUCAGCAGGUCUUCAGAGCCAACCUCGACAACUUGAAGCAACGCUUGAACCAAACUGGAGGUGCUCACAUUUUACAGAGGAUGAAUGGCUGUGAGUGGGAUGAUGAGACCGGAGAGGUCAUUGGAUUUAAUCAAUACGGUUAUGAUGGGGAAGACUUCAUAUCAUUGGACCUGCAAACGCUGACAUGGACUGCUCCAAAACAACAGGCAUUCAUCACGAAACUUAGAUGGGAUGCUGAGAAAGCUAGAAUACAAUACAAUAAAGACUACUAUACCCACAAAUGUCCUGACUUGCUGAAGAACUAUGUGCAGUAUGGGAGAAGCUUUCUGCAGAGAAGAGAGCUUCCCUCAGUGUCUCUCCUCCAGAAGUCUCCCUCCUCUCCAGUCAGCUGCCACGCUACAGGUUUCUACCCUGACAGCGCCAUGAUGUUCUGGAGGAAAGAUGGAGAGGAGAUUCAUGAGGAUGUGUACCACGGAGAGAUCCUCCCCAACCAUGAUGGAUCCUUCCAGAUUACUGUUGAACUGGACGUUUCAUCAGUCCCACCUGAAGACUGGAGGAGGUACGACUGUGUGUUUCAGCUCUCUGGUGUGAAGGACAUCGUCACCAAACUGGACAAAGCAGUGAUCAGGACCAACCAGGUUUGUUCCUAUGGGUUCCCUGUUGGUGGUGUUAUUGGAAUUGUUGUAGUACUUCUGCUGCUGGCACUGUGCAUCACUGGACUCUUCAUCUGGAAAAGAAACUAUCAUGGGUUCCAGCCUGCUAACAUGGGGCAGUGAAGUUUAGAAGAGGCUGCUGAACUCCACUUAGUGAGGAGUCAACAAAAUCACAACAAGUUCCUAGACGGGAUUGUUUCUUAGAAAAAACAUCUACAAAGCGCUGACUGAUGCAGGACCAAGUGGCAACCUCGGAGGUUGAAAAAUGCAACCAAUGUGGAAGUGCCAAAAACUGCAGUUCAACUAGUGGCCACUUGAGGCUGGCUCCAAAACAGUCGAUCCCCAUAGAUCCACAUGUUUAAAUGCCCAACAGCAUAAUAAUAUAUGUGUGACCCACUGCUGGGAGAUUGAAAGAGCAGCUGGUAGGAGUUAGCAGAUAACUCAAAGAAGAAGAGCAAGAGUCGAAAAUAUCUGCAAAUUGGGAAAACAAUGAGGCCCGGGAGCUCCUUACCCGCCGAGCAGAAGAUGAGAUCAGCUGGCAUAUAACAUUGUUAUUUCCAUGUUAUGUCAUUGUCAUUUCUUUAUAAAACUCUGCCAAUGCUUAUGUUUUAUGCUGCAGUAGAGGCCUACACUGUUGUGUUACAUGUCACACCUGCCAUGCCUCUUUUGCUUCCAUGAUGCCAGCCUGCCAUCUAAAAUCACUCAUGGAGCAGCUUGAUGCUGCGGUUGUAAAAAUGCAAUGGCGUCACAAACAAGGGACUUCAUUGAGGUUCUAUAGCACAAGCUCAGUGUAAAAAAGGCUUAUGAGUGAAAUGCACUCUUCGCUCCUCCACAGCUUCAACCUCUAAUCCAACUAUGGUCACAAUUAGCUAAAAAAAAAAAAAAACAAGCUGGCAACAGCUGAAAUCCAAAAUUUGAGGCUUCAAAAUGGCAGUCCACAAACCAAUGGGUAACUUCACUGUAGCUGCUUCUAUUAUUUCAUACAGUCUACACACACACACACACACACACACACACACACAGCUUGCGUGAGAGUUAAAACUAAUAAUCACUGGGCAUCAAACCGUCUCAGUGGGUCUUCACUGUGAGUAAAUCGGACAGCUCCAGGAUCAGCACACCGGACAUCGUUUAUGAGUCCACUAUGUUGAAACACCACAGCUGUCUUUAAGCAAAGACAGCUGUGGCAAAAAAUAAUCUAUAAGCACUUUAAUUGUGUUGGAGGUGGGGAAAGAGGGUAUAGUCUGUUUCUUGUUUUUAUUUAUUUAUGUAUUAUGUGUGUGUUUCAGCGUUUAGUUUGUUUUUUUUCUCAUCUGAUCAAGCAGGUUUGUUCUCUUGUAACCAAGGAUGUCAGUUCAAGGCAGCUGUAGUGAGAUGGAGAAAGGCAACCUGUUGUAAAUGUAAAAUGACUUGAUGAUGGAGGAGGAAUAAAAGAGUGAGAGCAAAGUGGCAAAUGUGUAUACAUACAGUUGUCUGUUAGUGAAGCAUAUGGCAUAUUUGUGAAAAAGCCUGAAGUAAUCAAAUGAUCCAUAGUUUUUGGUGGGGGGCACCAGGGAUAGCCAUGGCCGGAGGCAUAAUGUUUUCGGGUUGUCCAUCUAAUUCUCCCGAACACAAUAUCUCAAGAACACCUUGAGAGAAUUUCUUCAAAUUAGCACAAACGUCCACUUUGACUGAAGAAUAAACAGAUCACAAUUUGGCAGUCAAGGAUCAAGCUCACCAUGACCUCACAAAACAUGUUUUUGGCCAUAACUCAAGAAUGCAUAUACUAAUUAUGACAAAACUU